ACGUCUGCGAUCCACCAAUUCGAAAUUGAUAAAAAAAAAUCAUUAGAUUUUUCAACGUGACACGAAAUAGAAUGAAUCGUCUAUAGCUCUCCUCGUCACACGUUCGUUAUCGUUGUUUCAUCAUCGAGCCAUACGGUAACGGAACUUAAAUUUUAUAUUGUCACUUGUUUGACACGCGAGACGAAGGUGUGAGAUAAGCUAUAUGAUAUCCCAAUACUCGAAGUCAUAUCCGAACAGUUGUGGCCUGGCACAGAGCGAGGCAACUGUUUAGUUUUCAAUAUAAAAAUAAAUAACGAAAAUAUAAUUUAUAUCGUUUAAGAAAGUCGACAUUAUUCUCGUUAUUGUCGUUACUCUUUUUAGUGUUUUUGGAAGUGCUGUGUGGAAAUGCUUGGUGUUUCCGUUAUCAUGAAACCAUCAAUAGCGUGUAUAUUGCUAUUCCUCUGCAUAGCUGUUAUAAUUCGGGAAUCGAACGCGCGACCGCCCUGGUUAGCGCCCGGUAGCGGCGUGUUCACUGAAUCAGCAGAAUGUCACACAGAUGACGAGCUCCUAGAUCUCUGUCAAAGGUGCGCCAAGCUCACAAAAUCAAAACAGGCGUUCCCAGCGUGCUGUUCGACCGACUUGCAAGCAAGGAAAUGGUGUUCCGACUACGUUUACUUUGGCAGAGGCCAGUACGAUUUCUACUGAGUCUGUGGUUUCGAAAUAGUCACUAAACAUAUAACAAUUUAGAUUUUUUACGUAUCUAGAAUUUAAUGAGCGUGUAUUAUUAAAAAAGUUGAUAUAAAAAGUCCAAAAUCAAUCUGCAGAGGUUUGAGUAAAAUCACAGGUGAAUUCUCGAAAGCAAAGUGACGUGAGAUUUCAAACCGGUUAAAUUUGUAAUGUUAAGUAUGUUUCAAAGAUUGUAAUAGUUUACGACGGCCAUAUUUAUUUUAUACAGUCACUAUGUAGCCUGUAGUAUUUAUCGAAAUCCGUCAAGGUGUAUAAUCUAUAUAUAUUUUUUCAACUUUUUUUUGUGCUUCAGAAAUUGAGAUAUACAUUCGAAAAUAUUAUACAUCUUUUUUCAUCAGUUGCGUAACAAUAUGUAUUUUUUAAAUGUAUGUUUAAUUUAAUACUAAUGAUUUUUUUUACAAACAUCAAUUCUAGUAUAAAGUCGUAUUUUUCGAAGCAAUCUAAUUGAUUUAAAU